GUGGAUAUCCACAAGGAGAAGGUGGCACGUCGAGAGAUCGGCAUCCUGACCACAAAUAAGAACACAGCCCGCACCCACAAGAUCAUUGCCCCGGGUAACAUGGAGCGGCCGGUGCGGUAUAUUCGAAAGCCCAUCGACUACACGCUGCUGGACGAUGUGGGACAUGGCGUCAAAUGGCUUAAGGCCAAGCAACAUGGGAACAAUGCAGCAGGACGAGGAGGGACACUUUCCAGGACCACCCCACCCACACAGAAACCCCCGAGCCCCCCCAUGGCUGGUCGUGGUACACUAGGGCGUAACACUCCCUACAAGACCCUGGAGCCAGUAAAGCCUCCAGUGGUGCCCAACGACUACAUGACGAGCCCCGCCAGACUGGGCAACCAGAACAGCCCUGCACGCACAGCCUCGCUCAACCAGAGGCCCAGGACCCACAGUGGCAGCAGUGGUGGCAGUGGGGGCAGGGAGAACAGUGGAAGCAGUUUAGUCGGUAUCCCUAUAGCAGUUCCCACCCCCUCCCCUCCCAGUAUGGGGCAAGUGGUGACAUCCUCGGCCUCAGUGCCUCAGGGCCCCGGCCUGGGCCCCAUUCCAAUGUCCCAGUUCGGCACCAUCUCCCGCCAAAUUUCCCGCCACAACUCUUCCACCACCUCCUCGGCCUCCAUGGUGUCGGCCACCGGCACUUAUCGCCGUGCACCAUCCGUCUCCUCCCAGCAGCCCCACAUCAACGGGGGCCCCGCCUACCCUCAGAAUCCAGUAACAGACAGCCCUGCCCCGCCUCCUCCGCCUCCCCCAGAGGAUAUUGUGGGUGUGUUUGAAGAGCGCUCUCCCCCUCCUCCUCCCCCACCUGCGGACUAUGAGGACGAGGAUGCAGCGGUGGUUAAUUACAGCGACCCCUACGCUGACGGAGACCCCCAAUGGGCCCCCAAGAUUUAUUUAGAGAAAGUUGUGGCCAUCUAUGACUACAGCAAGGACAAGGAGGAUGAGCUGUCCUUCAUGGAAGGGGCCAUCAUCUACAUAAUCAAGAAAAACGAUGACGGCUGGUACGAAGGCGUCGCUAACGGCGUCACCGGACUAUUCCCAGGAAACUACGUUGAGGCGAUCAUGCACUAUGCUGACUAAAAAACAUACAACACAGUUUUGAAAGGAGGUUAAAAUGAACUUUAGACGUAAUGCACUUCAUACAGCCCCCAUUUUGAAUGAAGUGCCAUUGUGGAUUUUCAAAUGGUUUUAUUUUUGGGGGGUUUGUGCUUGCACGGUUUUGUUAUACUCCCAAAAAAGAAAGUGUCGCACAAUGAAGGAGCUAAAGCUUCGGACCAGGGUCUGUUAGUUUACACUGUUCAUGAAAGGGAGGAGAUUAAGGCCUUUCAGAUACCACUGUUACGGCCCGUCCACACAGCGGCGUGGGUUGAAGCUUCAACGCUUCUGCCGAUUCACUUUGAAUGAGGUAACGUCACGCAUCACCGAACUGCAUUGUGGGAGUGAAGCGUAGCUUUGCUCGCGUUGCUCGCUGCAAAAGUUGAGCAAUGUUCAAC